GACAGAAGCAAGGAAGAACCUGUUCAGGUCAGAAUGAACCCUAUUUAGAACAAGUCUUUUAUUUUCCUUUGUACUUAUCCAGGUCUAAUCAUUUUUGACUCCCACUGGAGAUAGUCCAUCAGCCUAAAUGGCAUUCCAGGAACUCCUGAAUCAAGUUGGCAGCUUGGGAAGAUUCCAGAUUCUUCAAAUGACUUUCCUUUUGAUCUGCAAUAUCAUAGUGUUCCCUCAUCUUCUAUUGGAGACCUUUACUGCAGUCAUCCCUGGUCAUCGCUGCUGGGUCCCCAUCCUUGACAAUGGCACUGUCUUUGACAAUAGCAGUGGGAUCCUGAGCCAAGACGACCUCCUGAGAAUCUCCAUCCCACUGGACUCAAACCUGAGGCCAGAGAGGUGUUGUCGCUUUGUCCAGCCACAGUGGCACCUACUUCAUCCGAAUGGGACCCUUUCCAAUGUGACAGAGCCAGACAUAGAACCCUGUGUGGAUGGCUGGGUGUAUGACCAAAGCUCCUUCCUCUCCACCACUGUGACUCAGUGGGACCUGGUGUGUGGAUCUCAGUCACUGACCAUAAUACCUAAAUUUUUAUUUAUGACUGGUAUGUUGAUAGGAAACAUCCUAUAUGGCCAUUUAACAGACAGGUUUGGGAGGAAGUUAGUUCUCACGUGGGCUUUACUGCAAAUAGCCAUCGCUGAAACCUGUGCAGCGUUUAUCCCCAGCUUCCCCCUCUACUGCUCACUACGCUUCCUUGCCGGAAUUUCUUCUUCGUCCGUAAUGACAAAUUGUGGUUUGCUCAUGAUAGAAUGGAUAAGCCCUAAGUUCCAAGCCCUGGUAAUGGUACUGUUAUCUUCUACUGCUAGCCUUGGACAGGCACUAUUGGGAGGCCUGGCUUUUGCAAUUCGAAACUGGCACCACCUCCAGCUGGCAAUGUCUGUACCGAUAUUUGUCUUACUUCUACCCACAAGGUGGCUGUCAGAGUCAGCUCGGUGGCUGAUUAUAACCAACAAACCCCAGAGGGCCUUAAAGGAACUUAGAAAAGCUGCACAGAUGAAUGGAAAGAAGAGCUUUGUAGACAUCCUAACCAUGGAGGUCGUGAGAACCGCGGUGAAGGAAGAGCUGGAGGCGGGACAGAAAAAGUCGUCUCCAUGUGACUUGUUCCGCACACCCAAUCUGCGCAAACGGAUGUGUCUCCUGUCCUUUGUGAGGUUUGUAACAUGGUUAUCUUUUUGGGGCCUGAUUAUCCACCUUCAACACCUUGGAGAUGAUGUUUUCCUAUUACAGUUGCUCUUAGGUGCAGUGAUUAUCCCAGCCAAUUUUUUUGGCAUUUUUUUAUUGAAGUACAUGGGCCGUAGACUAAGCCAAUUGCUUACCACGUUCCUGUUUGGAAUCUCUCUUCUGGCCACCAUAUUUGUGCCUCAAGAAAUGCAGACCCUGCGCAUUGUUUUGGUGACUUUUGGAGGAGGAUUUUCUCAGGCCGCCUGUACAAGUAUUAUCAUUCAUACAAAUGAACUGCUCCCCACCGUAAUCAGGGCAACAGCUCUAGGAAUCGUCGGCGUUGCUGGUAAUAUUGGGUCAGCCUUGGCUCCCCUGUUUAUGAUCCUCACGACAUAUUCUGCAUCCUUACCCUGGAUCAUCUACGGAGUCCUCCCCAUCGUUGGUGGUCUUGUUGUCCUUCUCCUUCCUGAAACCAGGAAUCAGCCUCUGCCUGACUGCAUCCAAGAUGUGGAAAAUGAGGAGAAAAGCCCAAGAGAAGCAAAGCAGGAAGAUGCAAACAUCAAAGUGACAGAGCUUUAAGGAACCCCAGGAAUUGGCCUCUGAUCAAGGAGUAAGAUAAAGAAAAAUAUCCAGAAUAUAAUGACCCAAGAUGAUGAC